AUGGAGCGAACUAUACAUGAGCGGGAAAGGCAAAUUCAGAAGAAAGAAAGGGAGAUACAUGCAAUCCAGUUAGACCAUGAAGCAGCAUGGGCUAAAGAGGAUCUCCUUAGAGAACAGAGCAAAGAAUUGCAUACUUUCAGGAGGGAGCGGGAUAACUCUGAAGCAGAAAGAACCCAACAUCUUAAGCAGAUACUUGAUCUACAGGAACAUUUUCAGGAGAAAGAAAGGCUAUUUCUUGAGUUGCAGGAACAGCAUAGAGUUUCUCAGGAAACCAUCCUUUUUAAAGAUGAGCAAUUGGGUGAGGCCCAGGCUUGGAUUGCACGUUUCCAGGAGAUGCAAUCAACCUCUAAUCUCUCUUUGCAAGCGGAGUUGCGAGAGCGUACAGAACAGUACAAUCAACUAUGGAUUAGCUAUCAGCAGCAGCUUUCGGAGAUGGAGAGGAUCUAUGUGCACAUUGUACACCAGCAUCAGCUUGAGCUUGCUAGUGCAAGAGAAAGGAGUGGCUCUUUCCUGUAUGAGUCACAGCUGCCUCAAAUAAAAUCCAAAGAUGCUUCACAGCCUGCGUUGAACAAUGGAAGCCAAAUUGAUGUGAAUGGAAGUGGCACAGCAGAUACAAGUUCUGGGUCUCUUUCAAAUGGAAGUGCUGAAAAUGUUACUAGUAAUUCUUCCCACCAGACUGAACAUGUUCAUGGUGUUCCACUAGCCCCACCAUCCCUAAUUGGUGUGUCCACCUACCUUCAACAUGGGCAAGUGCCAGCUAUGCAUCCAUUUGUCAUUCAUAAGGGAUUAUCUGAAUAUUUCUCAGCGUGGCGGAAGCAAAGGAAAGAAAAAAAAAAGCAGGAACCAGCUGUGAUGGCAGAGCUUGAUGAAUGA